AUGGUUGUCUUCGCGCUCCUGAUCAUCAACAAAGCUGGCGGCCUGGUCUACAAUCGCACUUUUGCUCCUGGAUUGCAGAAGCUAGACUCCAAUGACUACCUCAUCUUAGCCGGCACCUUUCAUGGCAUUCAUGCCAUCUCGCGCAGCAUCAACCCCGCGCCGCCCGCGCCAGCCGUACCAGGAAACAGAAGACCACUCACGACCGGAAUUGAGAGUCUGGAGAGCAGUCAUUUCAGACUGACUUGCUACCAAAGCCCUACCGGUAUCAAGUUUCUGCUCUUUACGAGUCCCGAACAGCCCAAUACGGAUCUUGUGGUCCGAAGGUGUUACGAGAUCUAUGGCGACUUCGUCAUGAAGAAUCCAUUUUACAGUAUGGAAAUGCCGAUCCGUGUAGAGAAGUUUGACAAAGCCCUCGGGAGUUAUCUGGUCCGACCUUGA